UGUCCCAGGUGCAGGUGCACGUGGUUGCCAACCCUCGGUGUAAAAACGGAAAAAUGGUUCGCUCGAUUCGGGGAGAGGAAAAAUCGUGGCGCGCGUCACAGUGUACACGCGCGGCAGUCACGUGUUCCGGUUGUCGAAGUCACUGGUCGAAGAGAGCGGAGCUGCAGCUGCGACGGAGGCUGCAGGGAAACCGAAAGCCAUCUCGCUGCUCCAUUCAGGUACGAGAUACCACAUGGCCUCUCGAUACCUACUUUGAGGCAUGCAAAAUGACCACGAAGGACGAUCAAGGCUUGUUCCCAUAUUCAGUACGAAACCUCAAAUUCUUUCGACGUUAUAAAGAGAAGCAUGUACAUCGAUACUUAACUAUAUAUCGUAAGACAUGGAUAUCCCUAUACACUGUUCAUCAAUUUUAAUUCUCGCUUCUUCCUCUCAGAA